GAACGUAAAAGAAGAGAUAAUAUGAAUGAAAAGAUACAAGAAUUGUUAACUUUAAUACCUCAAGAAUUUUUUGAUGAUCAUAAAGAUAAAUCAAGUGGAACAAAAGACGGUAAACCAAACAAAGGACAAAUUUUGACAAAAGGUUUAGAAUAUAUUCAAGAUUUACAAAAUAAAAUUGAUGAAAAUAAUAGAAAAGAAGUUGAAUUGAUAUUAAAAUUGAAAAACCUAAGUGUUGUUAAAAAUCAUCAAAUAACUGAUAUGAAUCUAAAUAAUACAAGUGCAGAAAUUGUAUUGGGAGAAAUUGGUGUUGGUCCAUUAGCUGGGUUAGUUAGUAGUUCCACUACUGUGGAUAAUACAACUACAAUGUCUUCAGUUUCACAAAAAUCUCCAAAUAAUAAUUUUGAAUAUGGAGGUUAUGAUCAAUAUGGUAAUUAA